AUGGCAGCAGCAAAGAAAAAGAGUGAGGAGGAACAAAAGCGCCUGAGCGCUCUCUUUCAUGCCUACGAUGUGGAUAAUUCCGGGCGGAUUGAAAAAAAUGAAUUCAACACCAUUUGCCAAGAACUCCACGUCUCGUCCCAGGAAGCAGAAGGCAUUUUCAAUCGCCUGGACGUCGACAAGGAUGGCACGGUGACCUUAGAGGAGUUCCUUUGUGGCUUCAAAGAACAGCACCAGGAGGAAGAAGAUGAUGCUGAAGAAGACACAGACUCCUCAGCUGGGGAUAAAAAAGAGCAGGUCCUAUCCAGCCAGCCACAGCCCCCUAUCAAGGGAAUGAGCGCAGAGGAACAGGACCGGCUGCGGUCCCUCUUUCACGCCUACGAUGUGGACAACUCCGGGCGGAUCGAGCGAAACGAGUUUCUCACAAUUUGCGCAGAGCUACAGGUGUCAACAGCCGAGGCUGACCGAAUAUUUGACCAGCUGGAUGUCGACAAGGACGGCACUGUCACCCUGCAAGAGUUCAUCAGCGGAUUUCACGACCGCUACGAGGCGGACAUGGAGUCAGAAGGAGGCGACCCGUCCGCUGCUUGGGAAGACUUUGAGAGCAGACUGAACGAGCAGGCCAAGUUCAUCCCCAGGCGUGAGCAAGCAGCAACACUGUAUCAGAACAUCAGUCUGACUGAGCCCAGACUGAUUCCUCAGUUUGAGAAAGUCAUCCUCAACUUCACCAAAGAGAUCAAACAGCAGAACUCAGAAAUGGAGAACUUGGCACUUGCCAUCAAACGAGCGCAGGACCAAGCAUCAAUGCAGCUCAGCGAAAUGGAGGAAGAAAUGGACCAACGCAUUCAAGCUACCGAGAGAAAAACACGUGAGCAGGAGAAGAAGCGAGCAGAGGCUUCGCUGAGUGAAUUACGAAGAAGUUAUGAAACUGAUGUGUGUGAGCUGCAGUGUAAGAUCCAGAGGAUGCAGAUGAUAGAGGAGAAGUACAAGAACAUCACAGUGAAAGACGAGAGCCCAGCCUUGAAGAAGAAGAUCAAUGAGCUAACACUGGAGAACCAGCGGUUAAAGCAGGAGCUGCUGAAGUCUCAGACCAAAGUCGCCUGCCUGCAGAGUGAGAUGGACUCGCUGAAGACCGAGCUAACCGAUCAAAGCAUCAACUCCGAGCGAGACGAGGAGCUCAUGAAACACUUCUCUGAUGAACGAGACAUCCUGGAGAAUCAGAUUGAGAUUCUACAGACAGCCAACAGGAAGCUCCACGACAGCAAUGACGGCCUGAGAGCAGCUCUGGAGAGAAUAACGAGGUCUAAUGGAGGAUCACCAGGAGAAUUUAAGGAAAGAAGCAGAAGUAAAAGCAUCUGCUACACAUCACCAUAUGCAUUAUUAGACAGGUACUGCCAGCGCAUGGACGAGUACCCUCUGUUCAGCCGCCGGCCCAGCGGUGACACCCUUGCCUUGGCCAUGUGUGACCCUGGCCUGAGGCGCAGGCACAGCAGCGAGUGUGAGGAGGACAGCCUGCCCGAGAUCUACGUGGACAGCGGCCUGUCGACGCUCAGAGGCUCACAUGGAGGCUAUGACUCAGAGCAUGAGGUCAAAGGUCAAGAAGAAGAGGACGAGAAUCACAGUCCGGAGAAGAAAAAGGAGGACGACGAUAACAACGACAGUGUAAUCGGAGAACUCUCUGACACUGAGCCAGCAGAGACACAGGAUGGGGAAUCAGCAUUCGGAUCAGACAGCAGCUCAGUUUUGGACUGGAAGCCAUCUGAACCACCAGCUCCAACAACGAGAAAGGCCCUCAGUGCCAUCAAUGUUCAGAAGGAGGACAAGGACAGCACUGACCUGGGCUACAUGACGUCCGAGAAGGCUUACAGGAUCGUGUUAGCUGGGGACGCUGCUGUGGGGAAAUCCAGCUUCCUGCUUCGCCUCUGCAAGAAUGAAUUCAAAAUGAACUCUAGUGCAACUCUGGGAGUGGAUUUCCAGAUGAAAACACUAAUCGUGGACGGAGAGCCCGUGAUGCUUCAACUCUGGGAUACGGCGGGGCAGGAGAGGUUUCGCAGUAUUGCGAAGUCUUACUUCCGCCGGGCAGAUGGUGUUUUGUUGCUGUACGACGUCACCUGCGAGAAGAGCUUCCUCAAUAUUAGAGAGUGGGUGGAUAUGAUUGAGGAUGUGUCCCAUGAGGACAUUCCCAUCAUGCUUGUGGGUAAUAAGUCUGAUCUUAGACAAGAUGGAAUUGGCUGCGUUCCUGCCAGCUACGGGGAGAAACUUGCCAUGACAUACAACACUCUGUUCUGUGAAACUAGCGCCAAAGAUGGAUCCAACAUCCUGGAGGCCGUGCUGCACCUGGCCAGACAGGUAACAAAGUUCGCCAACUAUGAGGAAAAAAGCAGUCGUCAGUCGCUGCCGAUUUUAGACGCUCCCAGGAAUCAGCCAAAAUUCUCCUGCUGCACCUGAUCAAACUCGUCAGAGGCGAAUCUCCACACUGGACUUAAUGUGGACUGUGCACAUGCGAAAGACAUGAAAAGCAGAGCAGGAACAAAUUAUCAAUGUGAAUAACCGCAGCUGGAUUAAGAGGGUGAAGUAAAGAAGUGGAGAGACGGGACAUUACAAACGUUUAUUUUAAAUAAAUCUUUU